GACCACAAUGCCUUUUCUAUAUCUAUGUCUAUAAUAAACUUAGUCGUCAAGUCCUAGACGAGACUAACCACCAUGAAUGAUCGACAGGAACGGAAAACCCCACGAGAAGGCAGACCCCCUUGUCGUCCACAGGUUACGUCAGAUUUUGGAGCCAACGCGCACAGAGGCGGAACAUGAAUCAGAGCUUCUCGAGGAUCGCGAUACAACCUGGUUCGGGUUCGGUCGCGAUGGCUUCGGACAUCCUUUAUUCCACGACUAUGGGCGGUUCGCCGCCAUAAUGAGCGAGACGGUCACCGACGAGACAGUUGAGAGAUAUCCACAAUUGACGACGUUUAUUGGGGAAACUGGCGCUGGGAAAAGCACCUUAAUCAAACUCCUUAUUGACCGUCAUGAUUUCACGGCUCCCGAAGGUUCUAAUUAUUAUGCCCCGGUAACAUCAUCCAGUCAUGAUCGGAUUUCCACCACGGGCGAUGUGCAUUUAUACGCAGAUCCAUCGACUCUAUAUAGCAGCCAUCCGUUGCUGUUAGUUGAUUGUGAAGGCCUGAGCGGAGGAGAAGCCAUUCCAAAGCAGUUGCGACAUCACUCACAGACCUCAAACGCAGGCUCAGGCAACACGAGUGCGAGGAGGCACUGCUUGACUAGAAAGAUCCUGUGGGCAGAUACUCCUCAUACCCAAAAGAGGGAGUUUACCGUCAGCCAGUUAUAUCCUCGAAUUCUAUACACCUUCUCCGAUGUUGUGGUCUUCGUGCUGCGGAACCCGAGAUCAUUUGAGUCAAUGGUCCUUGAUAAAUUAAUACGUUGGGGCGCAGCCUCUAUUGAUAAGUCGCUCAAUCAGCCGGUACUUCCUCAUGCAAUAAUUGUGUUCAACGCCACGGAUAUCAAUGUCGAUGAAAGAGAAUGGGAUGUCACAACCGCUACAAAGUUGCUGAUGACCGACAUUCAUGACGCUGUUAUACGUGAGCCGGCGUUACAGGAACAUGUGCAAACAUGGCGAAGGCGCGGGAAAAUCAUAAGGAGCACUAAGGAACUUCUCGAGUGCUACUACGGUUCUAUAAACGUUAUUAGGGUCCCGUACAAGGGAUCAUAUAUGUUGAUGAACGAACAAGUCGGCAAGCUCUGUAACCUGCUAAAAGACCGCUGCAAGGCCUCAUACUUGAGGAAAAGAGAAGUACGAAUGCUAGCCAACACGGAGAAACUCCAAUUCUACCUUCAAGCAGCUUACGACCACUUCACUAAAGAUCUCGACACGCCGUUUGACUUCGUGAAGGAGACUCUUCGACAUAGCCCUAUCUCUAGAAGCUUCGAAGGAAAUAUGUUGAACUUGGCCUUAGCUAUCAAACAGAAAUCAAGCAAUUUGAUCCUUAGCUGCGAUACUGAGCAGAUCUUUCGGGCUAUGGGGCCAAUGAUAGCAUCGUGCGUGAUGCUUGACGCUGUUCGUCAGAACUUACCAGGUAGCGCAAGUCGCCUCCUGGAUGAUCGAUAUGCCAAGCCUUGCGCUGGCGCACUACAGACAUUCGCCGAUCUGUACUGUCCAUGCAGCUUCACGAACCCGUCAUUUACCGGAGAUCUCGGUCGAUGUUAUAAUGUUAGAUCCGGCCAUAAUCCCAAAGGGCACCAGAACAAGCAAGGGAAGAUUAUCGGCAACGGAGAUUACGAAUCCAGUUUCGAUAUUGAUACGUUUCGGCCAGUCUGGGAAGAACUCCUGAAAGCAAGUCUUGCCCAAAUUCAAUCCUCCAGCUUUAAGCUUGGGCAGGAAUUUCCGGAUAGGACCGAGCUUCAGGUUGCUGCUCUUAUCCACCAGGAACGUUUGAAUGAGCUCUAUUCCAACGUGUUAGGUGUGGCGACAGACUUUAUUAGUUACUCCGCGUGCCUUUGCUGUUUGAGAGAAUUGCCAGAGUGCGCAUUGCCAUGUGGCCAUGUUCUCUGCUUCCCCUGUGCCCAGAUAUAUGGAACUAGAACCUCGAGGACUACCAUUGAGAUUAGCCGCUGUCCUCUACACGUACGGGAUCUCAUAGCCAAUCCACCUUGGGCUAUCGUAACAAAGCCACGUUAUGCGGGAAGCCGGGUCCUUUGCCUUGAUGGUGGCGGCGCGAGGGGUAUCAUAAUGCUACAAGUUCUCUCAGAGAUAGAAAAAGCCUUAGGUCCAGACCUGCCUAUCCAGCUAUUCUUCGACUUGAUCGUCGGCACUAACUCUGGUGGCAUCAUCGCAAUCGGACUAGGGGUUAAGAAGUGGACGGUCAAAGCGACGAUACGGAAAUUCAAAGACCUAUGCAAAGAAGCCUUCGCGCCUCGAGAAAUGGCGAGCGUACCAAUUUUUGGUGCACUAUCAAGUCUUUACCAUGGUAGUCUAUACAAGACGCAGCCUUUUACAAACACGCUGAAAAAAUAUCUUUCGGACCAGCCUUUCUUUGGUGCCGCCACCCAUAGAUCCACCAUCACAACUUCAACAAAAGUUGCUGUCACAGCUUCGACAGGUAUCGAACGACAAACUGUCGUCUUUGCCAACUACAAUCGUCCGGAUCCAACCGAAAAGAGGCUUCCAUAUAAGUUCAUUCGAUCAGAUACACCAUCAAAGGAAAUGCGCACGUGGGAAGCUGCCCGCGCGACAUCCGCGACGCCUCCUUUCUUCAAGCCAUUUCUCAAAUCUGAAACUAAUCAAGAAUAUGCGAAUAACGAUAUCCGUCAUUCUUGUCCGGUCUUGAUUGCCCAUCAUGAGGCUAAGGCAAUAUGGAGUGACAUAGCAGACUGCCCACCGGACCUGCUGUUAUCUAUCGGCGCGGGUCGUAACGUAGGGGAUCGCAAUAUAGACGACCCAAGUUCGUUUCGAUCAUCACGUUCCAUGACUAACGAGACCAUCACGACUGCGGGUUUCGGUGCCAGUGCUGUCAUCAGACAAGGCCGAGGAGGAGCUGGCAAUUAUAAGCGCAAAACCUCAGCGACAAUGCUACCUUACGAUGAUAUAAAUCAGGGGAAAGCAGCGAGCGGAUACGUCAUCCGCGACCCUAAGACGCCAAUGCUGGUCUCUUUCAACAACCCCAUCCCGAACCAGACGGACAAGCUGAACAACCAGCGGCAAUGCGAUAAAGCCUGGAACCGCUUCAUGUACAACAGUGCGAUGAAGGAUGAGUCGAUUAGACAGCGCUACAUGCGCAUCUGCCCUGAGCUCUUGACCAAACUGCCGAAAUUCGACGAGACACAGAAGAUAGGGUUGGUAGAGCAGGAGACCGCCGAGGUACUACGGCAGAAUCACCAAGAUAUCAUCGAGGCCGCGCAUAGGCUGGUUGCUAGUACAUUUUUCUUCGAAAAGGACGCCGGCAGCGUAAAGCAGACCCCUUCCGGUUAUAGUUGCACAGGAUCCAUCUUCUGUAGAUUCAGGCUAUCCUCACCCGAACUGAAAGCGCUGGGCUGGUUUCUUGUCUCUCGGCUAGACGGCGAUUUCGAACCAUAUUUCUUACUAGAGAUACAAGACGAAGGUGCAUCGUGGCCCCCACGACAGGUUAUCCUUACGAACUCGGUAUUACAAGAUAUGCACCUACAGGGCGGUUUCCAACUAGAUCCCAUCCGAAUAAGCACUGCAACAGAGGAUGCACAGGUCAACAUAUCCCUCUGCUUGCAGACUUGCCGUUAUCCUAGUGGGGCGAUAGUGUUGCCUAUUAGUGGCUUUCCAAGGCGACUUAUGAGUGAAGAUGGCAGCGGGCUUAUGUAUCAGGCCAGCAGCUCAUCUACUAGGACGUUCUCAUCUGUCAUUGAGAAACGAUCAUCGCUUACGACAGGCACAUCAUCAACUCCUCGAGCAUCGCUAACUGACUCUAUCCCCAGUCCCUCUACUAGCGUCAACUCAUUCGGGAAGCUAUCUCUGGGGAGAGAUUCCGACUUUCGAGCUGAACUAGAGGGUUAAGCUGAUGAGCUGCCAGGAGUAGAGAACAGGAUAUCAUUCACGUCGUAAUUCCACAUUUGGGGUUUUCCGAAAGUGUGUAAUUUGCUAGUUGAAGAUUUAUUAGGAGGGGGGGGGGCUGUAAAUUACCUGUUACUUACCUUUCUCACGCUGUAUUAAAGUAGUAACCCUUCGUGUUAUAAAAUAAACUACAUCAUGUAAGCCAUUUACUAAGUACUCUAUCAAGCAUAUAUUCUUGGCGAAGAUCUUAAGUCGUUGCCAUCUCGUUAUACCGGGC